ACUUCUUGCUGCUCUCCUUCUUCUUUACUGCACGCUGCUCUUCUCUCAUUGGGGUUCUUGAUUUUCUGUGACUUGGUGCCGUGUGUUCCAAUGGUUGGUGUUGAGGGAAGGGGAAGAGACCCAAUGAAGAGGCUAGUAAUCCAUGUGGCUCUGCUUUUGCUUUUGGCAUUAAGCGUUGCUAUCGAACAUGAUGGUGAGGGAAAUACUGGACAAUGCACUUACAAGAGAUCUUUGGAUCCCAGGCCGCACAGUGUGUCCAUCUUGGAAUUUGGGGCAGUCGGCGACGGGAAAACGUUGAACACAGUUGCCUUCCAAAAUGCCAUUUUCUAUCUCAAGUCCUUUGCUGACAAGGGUGGCGCGCAGCUUUAUGUUCCCGCAGGGAGGUGGCUGACUGGAAGUUUUAACCUUACUAGCCAUCUCACUCUUUUCCUUGAAAGAGGUGCUACCGUUCUUGGAUCCCAGCUUUUGCAGGAUUACAUUCACUGGGAUAUUGUAGAUCCUCUCCCAUCUUAUGGUCGAGGUAUCGAGUUUCCAGGUGGCAGAUAUCGUAGCUUGAUUAAUGGGCAAAAUUUAAAUGAUGUGGUGAUAACAGGUGAUAACGGAACAAUUGAUGGCCAGGGUUCUGUCUGGUGGAAUCAGUAUAGUCUUCAUUCCCUAAAUCAUAGCCGACCACAUCUGGUGGAAUUUAUUAACUCUGAUGAUGUAAUUAUUUCAAAUUUAACUUUCUUAAAUUCUCCUGCUUGGACCAUCCAUCCAGUGUAUUGCAGCAAUGUGCUAGUUGAAAAUAUAACUGCUCAUGCUCCACCAGAAUCUCCUUACACUUGUGGUAUAGUCCCAGAUUCUUCCGAGUACGUUUGCAUACAGAACUGCAACAUUAGCAUGGGUUAUGAUGCAAUUGUGCUUAAGAGUGGUUGGGAUGAAUAUGGAAUCUCAUAUGGCCAACCAACCACAAAUGUCCACAUCAGAGGUGUUCACCUUCAGUCUUCUUCGGGCUCUGGCCUUGCUUUUGGCAGUGAGAUGUCUGGAGGCAUCUCCAACAUACUUGUGGAACGGCUGCAUCUACGAGACUCUUUCAUUGGAGUCGAACUAAAGACAAAAAAAGGCAGAGGUGGUUAUAUGAAGAACAUCCUUUUCUCAGGUGUAGAGUUGGAGGAUAUUCACUUGGCAAUCAGUGUAACAGGUCAAUCUGGCUCUCAUCCAGAUGAAAAAUAUGAUUCUAGUGCUCUUCCAGUUGUUAGAGGCAUCACCUUUAGGAAUAUGGUUGGUGCAAAUAUCACAAUUGCUGGAAGAUUUUCUGGAAUCCACGAGUCACCUUUCUCAUCAAUCUGUCUUUCUAAUAUUACAUUCCCCAUCAAUUCAAGAUUUUCUCCCUCAUGGUAUUGUUCCAAUGUGAUGGGUAUCUCUGAGUUUGUGUUUCCUGAACCAUGUACAGAUCUCCAGGACUCAUUUUCGAAUUCUUCCUCAGCUUGCUUUCUUCCCUUAUAUCCACAUACCUAUUCUUCGGUUUUGUGAUAUAGUCACCUAUAACUACAAUUGUUUGCUCUGUUAUCUGUACAUGAAGUACUAAAAGCUUCUUUCAUUCUUAAAUUCAGAUGGAAAAUGCAUGUUCAAAUAAAUUUCGGCUAUGAGUCUUCAUCUUUUUGCUACUUUAAUCGAAAAUUCCUAGUCUUGCACUAGAAUUUUCCUUAAAUGAUGUCACUCCCGAUCAUCUGCGCAUUGCCUUCUUUCUUCAAGUAGAAGAGAAUUUCAGAUAGUACAACUCAGAUAUAGUUUGCUUUCGAUAUAUAUCUUUCCCUGUUUUGAUAUAUUUAGCUACCUUACAAGUUAUAUGUUGUUUAUUUGCUAUCUAAUUUCAUUUUGGAUGGUGCGUGGUCAGAGGACUACUUUUAUUGCAGAAAGAGCCAACUGUUUCUUC